GAAGCGGCGGGGCCCGGCCCGGAAGAGGAGGGCUCGGGGCGGCGGCUGGCGGCGCAGGGAUGACUUCGUUGGUAGACAUGCCCCUGGAUUACGAAAAGAUGUUUGCUCAUCGGUUCACAUCAGAUGAUAAAGAAUACCAAGAAUACCUGAAACGCCCUGCAGAUCUCCCUCCUAUUGUUGAAGAAUGGAGAAACAGAUCUGGUAGCAACCAGAGAAGAGAACGGUUUCAAGAUGGCAGAUAUUUUAGAGGGGACAGAUACAACUGGCAAGGUGACCACAGAUCUAAUCAGAGGCCAGAAAGAGGUUGGGGUAACAACUACCAGCAGCACAGACAAGGACAAUCUUAUUCUUCCCACUAUGGACAAUAUGGCUACAACUCGUAUAACCCAGGGCCUCGUUACCAUCCCUACUGAUGAUACUUGUGGUUGGAAAGUCCAGUAAUACUGUGUGAUGAGUUAGAUUUUUGACUUUGUUUGUCUUCAGUUUUCUUAUUUUUCACGGUUUAUAUAUAACUGAAGAAUCCACAUUCAAGUCCAUUGUUGUUUAUCUGUAGCAGGAACUGAAAAAGGGAAUACAUUUUAUUAAUAAUAAAAGUAUAUUCUACAAUUUGUUUAGUCUGUAGAUCUUAGAUUAAAUUUGUCUUAUAUUCUUUUGUCUCCACCACUGAGAUUCUCUCUGUUACAUUUUAGAAAAUGAGGCAGGUCAGGGGAAGAUGGCUGUAGCUUGUCUGCAGCCUGUAGAAGCUUGUUACAUUGUCUUAAGAUGGUUCUUUUUUGAAAGUGACAUGCUGUGUCUUUCUCCCGACAGAAUUUCCUAGUUUGACUUUUGAUAGUGAGAAAAGAUCAGUUUGAAUUUCAGAUGUCUUAAAAAGGAGAAGAAAGAUACUAUUACAGAAAUAUUUUAUGGGGUUGGUAUUUAUGAAAACUCAAAAGAGGAACUCUUUAGGUAUUUGGUAGAAGUGUGAUAUCUCAAUAUUUAAUUUAUUGGGAUAAAACAAUUUUAGGACAGAAAUAAGAUCUUGCAUAUAAGAUAAAUUCCUGUCUGUUGAGUUGAUGGGUUCAAUUUAUGUGCAGUAUUCCUCUUAAAAACAUGGUCUAACAAUUGGAAUAAGAGUUAAGUAGUUUAAAUAUGUAUCUUCUUACUCUGGUAGUUCAGUGGUACUCAAGUUUUACCUGAUAAGUGAUACUAGACUUAGAUUAAUUUGUAACAUCUUAAAAUAAUUUUGGUAUGUGCAUAAUGUAUUUUGGAUUUCCAUUUCAGUAAAGCUGUAAAACUGUGAUGUCUGUUGUUCAUUAGUUUGUAUGAGAUAUUUUGUGGAUGUUAUAGAAGAAAGGAACCAUAAUCAAUACUGUUUGUAUCAUACUUUGUUUCAUGAGAAAAUAGCAUAAGCAGCAAACAGUGGGUUUUUUGGUUCAUGGAAUAUAAGUCCCAUGUUUUCUUUAAUUACUCACACAAUAAAAGUAUUUCAUGUUUAAA